AUGUCCCGCCGACCUACAUCCACGGUCGCUUCAGGCUCCGACAGUCAUUCCAACCCAAGCGAGAACGCCAACCAUCUCUCUCCCUCUACUGAACAGCUCCCUGGCGAAUCCGCUACUCUGAUUUCACGGUCCAGCAUCAUCACUAAUUCUCAGCUCCUGAACGUCCAGGAACAGAACGAUGAUCGGGACAACGACCUGGACAACACACAGAUCAACAGCGCAACCUUCUAUGACGCUGACGACGAACAUAGGUCACAAUCUCCUGAUUCCCACAGCGGCUCUUGCACUACAAAAACGUCGUCGAAUACAUUCAAGAGCCGACCGAUAACGGAGCCGACAUUCCCAUUCAGCAGCCAGGCCAUAGCCUGGAUGGAGGCCACCUAG